AGCUAACUUAACUUCUCUCCUCAUCCAUUCCUCUUUCAUGGUCAAUGCACCAACAAACACAACCCACAAUAACUAAAUCAUUAAUUUUUUUUCCAAAUUUCUUUCCUUCCCUUCCCAUCUGAAAGAGAGUUUACCAUUUCUUUCUUUUACAGUUUCUGUUGAAAAGGAAAAGAAAAGAAAAGAAAAUUUGCUUCUUCUCAAGCCUUCCCUAGUGAUGGUAUUAUUCGUGGUGGGUGGCGGCCAAGGAGGUCUAGGUUUCAUUUGUUGUGCUAAGUUUGGGUAUUAUAAGAGAUAAAAGAGGUGGUGUCGGUGGUGGUUGUAGUUGUGAUAGUGGUGGUGGUGGUGGUGAAAAAAAACACAGGCAGACGAAAAUGGAAGAGGCAAUAUUACCAAAUAAAACAAAGAACGCAACAAUAGUGUGUUAUGCACCAACGAUGAUAACAACUAAUGGGAUAUGGCAGGGUGACAAUCCUCUCAAUUAUUCCCUCCCUCUCUUCAUCUUGCAAUUGUUGUUGAUUGUUGUUACUACUCGCCUUCUCGGUUUCAUCUUGAAACCCCUUCGCCAGCCUCGUGUUCUCUCUGAAAUCCUUGGUGGAGUGGUACUAGGUCCUUCAAUAUUAGGACAGAGUGAAGAAUUUGCAAAAGCAGUGUUCCCUCUAAGAAGUGUAAUGGUCCUAGAAACAAUGGCAAACGUUGGUCUCCUCUACUUCCUCUUCCUCAUCGGAGUAGAAAUGGACCUAGCCGUAAUUCACCGCACUGGAAGAAAAGCCCUAGCCAUAGCCAUUGGAGGCAUGAUACUACCUUUCAUCAUUGGCAUCUCCUUCUCCUUCAUCUUGCAACAAAAAUCACACACCACCACAAAAAACCAAGCCACUGUCAUCCUCUUCCUUGGUGUGGCUCUCUCAGUCACCGCCUUCCCUGUCCUCGCUCGCAUCCUAGCUGAGCUAAAACUCCUCAGCUCCAAUAUUGGCAGGAUCGCUAUGGCAUCCGCUCUCAUCAACGACGUGUGUGCUUGGAUUCUAUUAGCUAUUGCUAUUGCCUUAGCCGAAAAUGACACAACUUCAAUGGCCGCACUCUGGGUGAUCGUAUCAAGCGUGGCUUUCGUGGUUUGUUGUAUAUUCCUUGUGAGACCGCUGGUCACAUGGAUGAUGAAGCGAACCCCAGAAGGGGAAGCGAUAAGCGAAUUCUAUGUAUGUUUGAUUCUCACUGGGGUUAUGGUAGCAGGGUUUAUAACUGAUGCUAUUGGGACACAUUCUGUGUUUGGAGCUUUCAUGUUUGGUUUAGUUAUCCCGAAUGGACAACUUAGUGUCACGCUCGUUGAAAAGCUUGAGGACUUUGUUUCGGGGCUUUUGCUUCCUCUGUUUUUUGCCAUGAGUGGGUUGAAAACCAAUUUUUUGGCGAUCACAGGGGCUAUAACAUGGGGGUACUUGAUUCUGGUUAUUGUUCUUGCUUUUCUUGGGAAAAUUGCAGGGACUCUAGUUGUUGCAAUGUACUACCAAAUGCCAUUUUAUGAAGGGUUUACACUAGGUUUGCUGAUGAAUACCAAAGGCCUUGUUGAAAUGAUUGUGCUUAAUGUUGGCAGGGAACAACAGGUGUUAGAUGACAGAGCAUUUGCAAUCAUGAUCAUUGUAGCUGUAGCCAUGACUGCGAUCAUCACUCCAAUUGUAACCACAAUCUACAAACCAUCAAAAAGGUUUGCCCCCUACAAACGAAGAUCAAUCCAGAUACUUAAACCCGAAACCGAACUUCGAGUACUAGUUUGCAUCCACACCCCUCGAAAUGUUCCAACAAUCAUCAAACUCCUCGAAGCCUCCCACCCCACAAAAAAUUCCCCAUUUUGCAUCUACGUCCUCCACCUUGUCGAGCUCACCGGUCGAGCCUCUGCCAUGCUCAUUGUCCACUCCACCCAAGGCUCUGGUAGCCCCGCCCUCAACCGGACCCAAGCCCAAUCCAACCAAAUUAUCAAUGCCUUUGAAAACUUCAAACAACGCGUCACUUGUGUCUCCGUCAACCCUCUGACCGCCAUCUCUCCCUACACCACGAUGCACGAGGACAUUUGCAACUUGGCAGAGGACAAGCAUGUUGCCUUCAUCAUCAUUCCUUUUCACAAACAGCAAACGGUGGAUGGAGGAAUGCAGGUUGCCAAUGCUGCAUUCCGAUCCAUCAACCAGAACGUGUUGGCUAACGCGCCAUGCUCAGUGGGGAUUCUUGUCGACCGAGGGCUAACUGGAUCGACCCGUUUAGGUGCUUCUAACCAGGUUUCACACCAAGUUGCUGUCCUGUUCUUCGGUGGAGCAGAUGACAGAGAGGCACUAUCAUAUGCUUGGAGGAUGUCUGAGCAUCCCGGAAUCAGUCUGACCGUCAUGCGAUUCAUUGCCGGUGACAAUGCAAUUGAUCCAACGAGGGUGGAAACUAGCGCCGGACCCAACAGCCCUACCACACUGACAGUGGUGACAGACAGUGAUAGAGAUAAACAACUGGACGAGGACUAUAUAAAAGAGUUUAGGGCAAGAACUGUGAACGAUUCAAUAAUUUACAAAGAAAAGGUGGUAAAUAAUGGGGAAGAUACAAUGGCGGCGAUAAGAUCGAUUGACAAUACAUUAUAUGACCUUUUCAUAGUUGGCAGAGGACAAGGCAUGGUGUCGCCGCUCACGGCAGGGUUGACAGAUUGGAGCGAGUGCCCGGAACUUGGUGCAAUUGGUGAUUUGUUGGCAUCAUCGGAUUUUGCGGCCACCAUGUCAGUGUUGGUGGUGCAGCAGUAUCUUGGAAAUGGGCAUGGGGACGGACUUGAAAUGCCGAACAGCCCAAUCCAACAUCAUGAGCAGUAUAGCAACUUCAGCAGCCAUCGACCUAGGGCGCAGGCCUUAUUCUAUGAAUAAGCAGCAUGUGCGUUUGGAGCUCAUGAUUUUAAAUAGCAGUGUCAGAAUACGUGUUAAUAUUAACAAUGCAGUCAUACAUAAAUAGUAUAAGUAAAUAUAUCAACAAAUAUCAAUAUCAAAAGUUAAAAUCUCAAUAAGUAUUAGCUGAUAUUUAAAAUUCUGAUGGAGCCUUUCACAUUGGUAGAUCAGAUUUUUCAUUGAUGACUACAUUUUUUUUCCUUUGUAGUUUAUGCUGUAAUUAGG